GUAUUGGCCAAAAAAAGAGGAUACAGAAACUGAGGUGGUAAAGGGGGAAAUGCAAAGAAAAGUCGUAUAUAUGUGAUCAAAAGUGAAAACCCUCCAUGUCUUGAUAGUUAUAUCAUACGUGAUUUUAGAGGCUCAGAAUUAAGAAGUGAAGCAGCUGCAUAAUCAUUCUCAAAAAUGGGUAUAGAGAAAGGCUUGAUGUGUUGGAAUUUAGUGUGGUACGCACUGCUUCUAAUAACGCAAAGAGUAAUAAGUUCUCAAGAUCUGAACAAUACCUGUGCUCCGUCUCGCUGCGGCAUUAUCACAAACAUCUCACAUCCAUUUCGACUACCAGAUGACCCGGCGAACUGCGGCGACCCCAGAUACGAGUUAGCCUGUGAAAACAACGUCACUCUCCUUCAUUUAUAUGACGGAAAAUUCCCUGUUCUGGCAAUAAACUACAACAAUUACACAAUCCGACUCGUAGAUCCAGGCAUUCAGGCGGACAAUUUCUCCACCCUCCCUCGCUAUUUCUUAUUCCGAUCUAAUUUCAGCCGUAAGGGAUACAAACAUCCCUAUGGCACAUCUCUGAGCAGUGAACCUACAUUCGAGCACGUGGUGUAUUUGAAUUGCAGCGAUCUAGUUUGGAAGGAACGGAUCAGAUUCUUCCGAGAUUCACUCGCCUGGAGAGAAUACACAGACACAGGCGUCGUAGCCGACGCAAAUUGGGAAUCCGAAGGAGGUCAUGUUUACGCUGUGGUUGGAGACUUGAAGGCCAAUCAGUUCAAAUCUGGGUGUGAUGUGAAAAUGGUGACCCUCAUUACUUCACAUUGGGAUUCACUGCUACAUAUGGGAAACUUCUCCUAUGCUGAUAUUCACAGACUGCUUUCCUAUGGAUUUGAGGUUUCAUGGGAGGAACGAGCUUGUGCUGAUCUUCCUCCUUGUCCAUUUAGUUAUCAGGACUGUAAUUUCAGCCCUGAAACUAAAAGCCUGCAAUGCACUCCGAAUCGGACGUUCAUCCAGAAUCUAAACUUCUGCAUCGGUCCCAUGAUGGAAAUAUAUGAAAUCCCGUGCCGAAGGCUCUCAAAGUUGCGCAUAUUUGGCGAAGAUUAUCUCCAUGGGAUUCGAAAAGGAAUACAACUACUGCUAAGGAGGGAUUCAUCGGAAUGGGAUUAUAGAAGUGGCUACAAUUUUAGUCUAUCAACUCCCACAAUCGAAUUAGGAAUAGUCACUGCAAGAGUUGUUUUGCCAUAUAUCACAGCCAAAUUUUUAUUUGGCAUCAUAUUCCUAUCUGCAUUGUUGAUUUAUACAUGCCGUAGACGACACUUAUCAAUGUAUGAAGACAUUGAGGAAUUUAUACGGCUUUAUAACCUCACUCCAAUAAGGUACUCAUACAAGGAAUUGAAGACAAUGACUGAAUGUUUCAAGAAUAAGUUAGGCGAAGGAGGUUUUGGCACUGUGUACAAAGGAAAGCUAAGGAGUGGACCUAAUGUUGCUAUCAAAAUGUUAGGUAAAUCCAAAGCAAAUAACCAAGAAUUUAUUAGUGAAGUGGCUACUAUUGGAAGGAUACACCAUUUCAAUGUGGUACAUCUUGUCGGAUUCUGUGUGGAAGGAACAAAGCAGGCUCUUGUCUAUGAAUUCAUGUCCAAUGGCUCUUUGGAUAAAUUUAUAUUUUCCAAACAAGAAAGUGACUCCUUGAGUUAUCACAAAAUAUAUGAAAUAUCAUUAGGCAUAGCUCGUGGGAUUGCUUAUCUUCAUCAUGGGUGUAACAUGCAAAUAUUGCAUUUUGAUAUCAAGCCCCAUAACAUACUUCUAGAUGAUACCUUCACUCCAAAAAUUUCAGAUUUUGGUCUAGCAAGAUUAUAUUCUGUCAAUGACAGUGUUGUCACUUUGACUGCAGCAAGAGGAACAAUAGGAUACAUGGCUCCUGAAUUAUUCUAUAAAAAUAUUGGUGGAGUGUCCUAUAAAGCUGAUGUUUACAGCUUUGGAAUGCUUUUAAUGGAAAUGGCAAGCCGAAGAAGGAAUUUGAAUCCACAUCUAGAACAUUCAAGCCAACUUUAUUUUCCUUUAUGGAUUUACGAUCAAUUUGAUGAAGAGAAAGAUAUAGAAAUGGAAGGUUUGACACAAGUGGAAAAGGACUUAACAAGAAAAAUGUUCAUAGUAGCACUUUGGUGUAUACAACUAAAACCUAUUGAUCGCCCUUCAAUGAAUAAAGUAAUAGAGAUGUUAGAAAAUGAUGUCGAAAGUCUUGCUAUGCCUCCAAAACCUUCUCUGUAUCCUAAUGAAAUAGUUUUAAUGGAUGAUGGAUCUAACUCCAACCAAACAACAUCCACUGUCUCUGUACAUUCUCAUAGUCGUCCAGGCGAGGGGGCAAGUAAUGGGAAGUAGUACUGUGUAACUGGAAAAGAACGUCAAAGCUAGUACCUUUUCAAGUUUAACUUGUAAAUUUGUAUUAGGUAACAAUACUUUGUUGUUGCUGUGAUUCGGAUUUUGCCUCAAUAAUUACCCUAAUUAAGCAUCUUCUUUUUGUUAUUAAUGAUAGUAAUGUAGUUAUAUACAA